GGAAUAGCGAAAUGAAAACAGGCUGCUGAUUUACGUGCAGUUUAUACAUUUGCAUGACUAGAACUUUGCACAAUAAUAAGAUAAUUAACCACAAGGAGGUAUUAUUGGUUAAAUUUAUUAUCGUUGCCACUGUACCAUCUACAUGCAACUGUAUAUGUACAUUUGUACAGAGUAGGAGAGAUAUAGGAAAAUUAAAGCAUUUUCAUGUUUACAAGAGCUUAUACAACAUUUCAAAGAAUUUCUAGGUCUGCAAAAAUUGCACUGUUGAAUAACAUCAACCUUAUUCGCGCUAUAUCAAAGCCAAACUUCUGAAAUAAUGUCAACUACCAAUGAAAAAAGAAUUCCAUCAGCAUUUGUCCCCCAUGGUGGUGGCCCCCUUCCCAUCUUAGGAGACCGGGCACACAAGACCUUGACCGCCUGGCUAUCUAAUUUCGUCUCCACCCACCUGUCCCGUAACAAGCCGACGUCAUGCCUAAUAAUUUCCGCCCAUUGGGAAGCUCCCGUGACCACACUUCAAACUGGAGACACCUCUUCUUUAUAUUAUGACUAUUAUGGAUUUCCCAAGGAAGCCUACAAUCUAAAUUAUCCGCUUAAACCCGCCCCAGAAUUAGCCAAACGGGUCGCAGGGCUCCUCGAUAAGGCUGGAAUUCAACAUAAAAGCGAUAGUGAGAGAGGAUUCGAUCAUGGCGUUUUCAUCCCAAUGAUGCUCCUCUUUCCGGACGGGGACAUUCCCACUAUGCAAAUAUCCCUCGUUGGAGGACUUGACCCUGAAGUACAUAUCAAGCUUGGCGAGGCGCUGGCCCCUUUGAGAGACGAAGGCGUCUUCAUCUUGGGAUCAGGCAUGUCUUACCACAAUAUGAGAGGAUUUGGCAGUGCCGACGCGAAUGAUGUCAGUAUCCCUUUCCACAAGUAUUUAAGGGACGUGCUCACCGACGAUGGGAAGCCGUACGAAGAGAAGAAGGACAAGUUAGUAGGGUGGAAAAGUGCCCCUCGGGCAAGAGAUAAUCAUCCCAGAGAAGAACAUUUGAUCCCGUUAAUGACCAUUUUUGGCACGGCUAAGGGAUCACAGGGCAGGGGUCAAGAGGUUUUCUUUGAUGAUGUUGCGGGAGCAAAGUGUGCCGGAUAUAUUUUUGAAGAGUGACAUUUAUAAUACAAAUUUUAUAAUAAGUCAGAAAUAUAUUUUUUGUUCAAUUGAAUCUGAAAAACUUGAAAUAAAAUUAUCCAGCGACAAACGUACCCAAAA